UCGUCUUUUCUUUUUCCUUUGCUCCCCUUCUCUGCUCUCCCCGCUUCUCUGUGUUCCCCUUUCUGUCAUCGUCUGUUUCUUUUUUUUCUUUUAAAGAUUUAUGUUUUGGACUUGAAGUUAGUUUUGUUUCGAUCGGCCUUGAGGGUGGUUUUUUGUGUCUCUCAGGUUCGUUGUUUUCUUGUUCUGGUUUCCGGAAGUCUUCUAGUUUCUUUAUUAGACAUGGCAGCAGCUUUAGAUUUUUGCACUGGAAUUUCAGCGCCGGUUUACUCUUCGGAUCCUUUUUGCGAAGAGUUAAUGAAAGCACUUCAACCUUUUAUGAAGAGUGCUGUUUCAACCUCUUCUUCUUCUUCUGUUUCUUAUCAGCCUAAUGUGAACCCUGAUUUUUGCUCCCCGUCGAGCAUCCGCUUGUUUCCUCAAGCGUGUUCGGGAAUUGAACAAAUGGGUCUUGAGCAAUCGGGUCCAAUCGGGCUAAACAAUCCCACCCCUUCACAAGUUCUACAAAUUCAAGCUCAAAUCCAACUACCCUCACAAACUAUGUCUUCCUUCCCUUCUUCUUUUUCAUUCCAGUCUCGAGUUUCGUCCCAAUACCAUAGCGUCCUUGCCCCCAAAUCCAUUCCGAUGAAGCACACCGGCUCUCCGACUAAGCCCACUAGAGUCUACAGGGGAAUCCGGCAGCGCCACUGGGGAAAAUGGGUCGCCGAAAUCAGACUCCCCAAGAACCGAACCAGACUCUGGCUUGGCACUUUCGACACGGCCGAGGAGGCGGCUUUAGCCUAUGACAAAGCUGCUUACAAGCUCCGUGGCGACUUGGCUCGCCUCAAUUUUCCACAUCUCAAACAUCAAUUCGGGGACUUCGAGCCUCUUCACUCUUCUGUGGACGCGAAACUUCAAGCAAUUUGUCAAAGCUUGAAACAGGGGGAAACAGAGAAGCCACCGAGCUCUCCACCUCCAUCUGAAUCAAACUCAGUGGUUAACAAUUUUAAGGAAGCGGAAUUAAAAAUCGAAGCGGAGACUUCAUCUUCAUCUUCAUCUUCAUCUUCAUGGUCAUCUCCUUCGCUGUGUGAAGAUUUCUCCACCGGGUCCUCCCCUGAGUCGAGUAUUAGCUUCUUGGAUUUCUCAGAUUCGCAAUGGGGUGAAGGAGAAGCAUUCUGUUUGGAAAAGUAUCCUUCCGUUGAAAUUGAUUGGGCAGCUCUGAACCAGCUGGGCGAAUCAGAAAUGUUUAAUUAGUAAUAUUUCAAUGUAAUUUGUGGUUUAAUUUUGAUGGUGUCUAGUCUGUCCCAAGAUCCUGCAAUGAAGUUUUAGGCAUUUGCAGAGGUCUUGUGUUGGUGAAAGUUGUCUGUGAUAGUUAGUUGUAAUUCCACAGUGGUGUGCAGGUUCUUUUUUCUUCCCUUGCAUCGCCAUUUUGGUAAUGGGUCCUUUUCUUUUUCGUCUUUUGGGUGGUUCCUGUUGAGUUAAUUGCAGUUUGAAUGCAAAUAAUGGCGUCUUUAUAGUCU